AUGGAAACCAGGGCUAAGCGACGCGCUCCAACAUCUGACAAGGUCCAACAACCCAAGACUACCACCAUUGGCGCCACUGCAACCAAGCGAGCCAAAGUCACCAACAGCACCAACACCACUACCACAUCAACAAAGAUGGAUACCCCAGCUAAGGGAACAAAAACAAAAUCCGGCACUGGCUCAAAACCUACAAAGGAUACCACCACCACCACCGAGAAGCAACAACCAUUGUCGGCAACAGGAUUGGCGAACGAGGAUGGCACGCGUAUCAGCGUGUGGUUGAUGAAAUCUGAGCCUGAUGCCUUCAGCAUUGACGAUCUGAUCAACUCUAAGGACUCUACCUCACAAUGGGAUGGCGUCCGGAAUCAUGAAGCCAAGAAUUUGAUGAAGAAUAGCAUGAAGGUCGGAGACCAAGUCCUGUUCUAUCACUCCAAUACCAAGGCACCAGGCAUUGUCGCAAUGGCCAAGAUUGCACGGGAGGCAUAUCCGGACCAUACAGCUUUCGACACCAAGAGCCAUUACUAUGACAACAAAUCAUCCAGGGAUGACCCUCGCUGGUUCAUGGUCGAUGUGAAAUACGAACGGAAACUCAAGCGCAUCUUAACGUUGAAGGAGCUUCAGCAGUACAAGGACAAGGAACUUAGUCAGAUGAAGCUGCUCAACCGUGGACGUCUCUCUGUUCAACCUGUCUCGGACAGUGAGAUGAAGUUUAUUAUGGAUCUUGAGCAGCAGGAUGAGCCUAGCGAAGAUUAA